AUGACUCCAUUCACCAGCAGCCUGAUUGCCCUCGCCAUCCUGAACACCGUUCAAGGCGCCCUAUCACCCAUCUUCCCCGUCCAGGGCAGCACUUGCGCUGUUCUCCAGUCCUGUCAAAUCAAAUGGCAAGACGAUGCCAGCCUGCCCUCAACGACCACCAUGGGCGAGACCACUAUUGACUUGGUCAUGGGCAGCGCCUCCAACUUGGUAGCCGUCCAGAACCUCGGUGGAGUCAGCAACCCUUCCGUUGCUACUGCGAUCACCUUCCAGCCCAUUGCCGGUCUUUCCCCAACCGAGAAGUACGCCGUCCGAUUCAUUGCGAAAGCCAAUGCUACCCACCCGAUCUUCUCUACAUACUUCUCAAUCACUGGCGGAUCCGGCACCGCCACCCCUCUGGUCACCCCCAACUCGGCACUUGCUGCGAGCAACCCCCCGUCAUCGAGUGGACCUGCCCCGAUCAUUGGAAGCAAAGCCCCUUCCGGCUCAUCUAACACGAGCGCCUCCACCAAUGUCAUGAGCACUGCCAAGAACGACACCGCCGCUGCCAACGCCGAUAAAUCGUCAGCCAGCCUAGUCGCCUCUUCCCUCACCGCCGUCACUGGAGCGGCCGCUCUCGUUGCUUCCGUUUGGUUCUUGUAA